GCUACGGCACGGGCUGGCGGGCCUGGGUCAUGGCCGGCGGGGCGGCGCCGCGGGGGGCCGAGCUGCUGGCCUUCGCGCGGUUCCGGGACUCGAGCCCGCAGCCGCUCGCCUACGGCUAUGGGCCGCGCAGCCUGCGGGACAUGCGCGAGCGCGAAUUCGGCCGCCUGGCAGGAACCGUCUACCUUGACCAUGCAGGAGCCACAUUGUUCCCCCAGAGUCAGCUCACAAGCUUCACUAAUGAUCUCAUGGAAAAUGUUUAUGGUAACCCUCACAGCCAGAACAUCAGCAGCAAGCUCACCCAUGACACCGUGGAGCACGUGCGCUACAGGAUUUUGGAGCACUUCCACACCUCCACAGAGGACUACAGCGUGAUUUUCACGGCAGGGAGCACGGCUGCUCUUAAACUGGUGGCAGAGGCCUUCCCGUGGGUGUCCCCGGGCCCGGAGAGCAACGGGAGUCGGUUCUGUUACCUCACCGACAGCCACACGUCCGUGGUGGGCAUGAGGAAGGUCACCACGGCCAUGAACGUCACUUCCAUCCCAGUCAGGCCGGAGGACGUGUGCGCGGUGGAGACACGGGGCACUGCUGCCAGUGACCCUGACUGCCAGCUCCCGCACCUCUUUUGUUACCCUGCUCAGAGUAACUUUUCCGGAACCAGAUACCCCCUGUCCUGGAUAGGAGAGGUCAAGGCCGGGCGGAUGUGCCCCGUGAGCGUGCCUGGGAAGUGGUUCGUGUUGCUUGACGCAGCCUCCUACGUGAGCACCUCGCCUUUGGACCUGUCGGUUCACCAGGCCGACUUUGUCCCCCUCUCCUUCUAUAAGAUCUUUGGAUUCCCCACUGGCCUGGGCGCUCUGCUGGUGAAUAAUCGUGUGGCUCCUCUGCUGAGGAAAACCUACUUUGGAGGAGGCACGGCCGCUGCGUACCUUGCAGGAGAAGACUUCUAUAUCCCAAGACAGUCGGUGGCUGAAAGGUUUGAAGAUGGCACCAUCUCGUUCCUUGACGUGAUAGCACUAAAACACGGGUUUGAUGCCCUAGGGCGCCUCACAGGUGGAAUGGAGAAUAUAAAGCAGCACACCUUUACCUUGGCUCAGUACACCUACACUGCCCUGUGUGCUCUCCGGUACCCCAAUGGAGCCCCUGUGGUGCGGAUUUACAGCGACUCUGAAUUCAGCAGUCCAGAGGUGCAGGGUCCUGUCAUCAAUUUUAAUGUUCUCGACCACAGUGGGAACAUUAUUGGUUAUUCCCAGGUGGAUAAGAUGGCCAGUCUUUACAACAUCCAUGUGCGAACUGGCUGCUUCUGUAACACUGGGGCCUGCCAGAGGCACCUGGGGAUAAGCGACGAGAUGGUCAGGAACCAUCUUGAGGCUGGUCACGUCUGUGGAGACGAUGUGGACCUCAUAGAUGGGCAUCCUACAGGAUCUGUGAGGAUUUCUUUUGGAUAUAUGUCUACACUUGAGGAUGCUCAGGCCUUUCUCAGGUUCAUCAUAGCAAUGCAACUGCACCAGUGUGAUGGCCAGCCUCUUCCUCAGACCACCCCUGGGGAGGUGGGAGCCCCAUCAGAGAGCGAGGCUCAGGACGCUGUGCCUGCCACCGUGGACAGAUGUAGUUCCUCACCUCGGGAAGAUGCUCCCACAGACUCUGGGGUUUCCAACGACUUGCCUACCACUGUGGCUGCAGUGGGUUUGCGCCCACCUCUGCCGAUGGCCACCAGAACCCAGCAGACCCCUUCAGAGAAAGCAGCAGGAGUCCUGGAUGGGGGCCUUGGGCCACGUGUCAUCACCAACCUUUACCUCUACCCGAUUAAAUCCUGUGCUGCAUUUGAGGGCCAGGAGUGGAUGGAGCCUAUAGCGGUGCCUCUUGAGGAAAAUGGUGAACGGACUCAGAUUUGCCAAAGCAAGGUCUGUGCGGACAGGGUAAAUACUUAUAAUUGUGGAGAAAAAAUUUCAAGCUGGUUGUCAAGAUUUUUUGGCCAUCCAUGUCAAUUGCUCAAACAAAGUUCAAACUUUCAAAGAAGUGCAAAGAAGCGGGUCAAAGAUCAAUCUGCUGGUUCAACAGCCACCCUUUCUCUGGUGAAUGAAGCACAGUAUUUGCUGAUAAAUAGACCCAGCGUUUUGGAGCUUCAGCAGCAAUUAAAUGCCAGUGAUGCGAAUGGAAAGGAGGAAUUAUUCCCGAUGAAAGAACUCAUCUCACGUUUCCGUGCCAAUAUUAUUACCAGUGGGACAAGCCCUUUUGAAGAAGAGACGUGGGAUGAGAUUUCAGUCGGUUCCUUGCGUUUCCAGGUUUUAGGUCCUUGUCACAGAUGCCAGAUGAUUUGCAUCAACCAGCAAACUGGGCAGCGAAACCAAGAUGUUUUCCAAAAGCUUUCUGAGAGUCGUGCGAGAAAAGUGAACUUUGGAGUGUACCUGACGCAUACAUCUUUGGAUUUUUCUUCCCCAGCUUUCCUGUCUGUAGGAUCUCAGGUGCUCCCUGUGUUGAAAGAAAACACAGAACACCAUGAGCUACCUGCUUCCACAAAACAUCAGGAUGUUAUCUCCUAAAAAGUAUUUUCAGUGUAAAUUAAAAUUUCUCUUUUACACCUA